AAGUGUAGCGUUGCCAUGGCGAGAGCCGGGCGCGGGGCCCGCCCCCGCGGCGCCCAGAGGAGCGCGGGGCCGCGGGAGCGGUGGACCGGCGCGGGUUCCCGGCGCUGCGGCGCGGUGCACGCGGCGGAAGGCGAGUGGAGGCCGCCAGCAGCCUGCAGCCUGAUCUACUGCUCUUCGGAAGGAGGCCCCCCAGGGACACAGCCGCCAGGCCUGCCAGGCCUUUGGUACCCUCGCUGCUUUGACAGACUCACUCCUGGGCGCUAGGGGCCAAGACCGCAGGACUCCAAGGGCACAGCCUGCCCUGACCUCUCUGUGGCUGUGGGUCCGGCCCUCUGGCCCAGCUCCCUGUUAGCCCUUAUGUCCUGACCCUGGAAGACAGAUAGGAGCACGGAGGGAAGGCCAGGCCAUGGCUGUCCCCAGGCCCUACCCAGGAUCCUGAGACCCGGAAGGGGAGGGGGCUUCUCGAACGCCGGAGCACUCCCGGGACCUCUGCCCGUUGCCCUGCCUUCCCUUGGCCCUCAUCGAAGUGGCAGGACACAGCGACUCUGUUACCUGGGUAAUUAGCUUCAGACCCAGGACUGAGGCUGCCCAGGUCCUGGGCUGCUUCCCACAGGCCGUGCACCCUGACCCCAAAAGCGAGGUGAGGCCGUGCCCGCUGAGCAGCUGAGGUGUCACCCUUGGGCACCUCCCACACUGCCCUUUCUGCCUGGGGUCCAUGUCCCUCAGGACCGCCUGGGCCUGGUCACAGCGUGGGGCCUUGUGACCCAGCCUUGCCAGGGGCAGAGGGCGCCGCCAAGCCUUAGGGAGGGGAUGCCCCCAAGGGUGCUGGUCCGGCCCACCGCCCCACUCCUCAGGCCCAGUCUGGCCCCGGUGCUCCCCAAUCUGGUGCCCCGAGCUGCCCCCCUGGCAGGUCGCCCCCGCCAUGGCCGAGCACCUGGAGCUGCUGGCAGAGAUGCCCGUGGUGGGCAGGAUGAACGCGCAGGAGCGGCUGAAGCACGCCCAGAAGCGCCGGGCCCAGCAGGUGAAGGCGUGGGCCCAGGCAGAGAAGGAGGCCCAGGGCAAGAAGAGCCAUCGGGAGCGGCCGCGCACGGAGGCGGCUGGGGCCGGGCCGCAGAAGCGGGUCCUCUUCCCUCCUAGCGUCGCCCUUCUGGAGGCUGCUGCCCGCAAUGACCUGGACGAAGUCCGCCAGCUCCUUGAGAGUGGGGUCAGCCCUGAUCUGGCCAACGAGGAUGGCCUGACGGCCCUGCACCAGAGCUGCAUUGAUGACUUCCGAGAGAUGGUGCAGCAGCUCCUGGAGGCGGGGGCCAAGGUCAAUGCCCGCGAUAGUGAAAGCUGGACUCCCCUGCACGCCGCGGCCACCUGCGGCCACCUGCAACUGGUAGAGCUGCUCGUCGCCCGGGGUGCCGACCUCCUGGCCGUCAACACCGAUGGGAACAUGCCUUAUGACCUCUGUGAGGACGAGCGGACGCUGGACUGCCUUGAGACGGCCAUGGCCAACCGUGGCAUCACCCAGGACAGCAUCGAGGGGGCCCGGGCCCUGCCCGAGCUGUGCAUGCUGGAGGACAUCCGCUGCCUGCUGCAGGCGGGAGCCGACAUCGAUGACCCCCAGGACCAUGGGGCCACGCUGCUCCACAUCGCGGCCGCCAACGGGUUCGGCGAGGCAGCCGUCCUGCUGCUGGAGCACCGGGCCAGUCUGAGCGCCAAGGACCAGGACGGCUGGGAGCCGCUGCAUGCCGCAGCCUACUGGGGCCAGGUGCACCUGGUGGAGCUGCUGGUGGCGCAUGGGGCCGAUCUGAAUGGGAAGUCUCUGACGGACGAGACGCCCCUUGACGUGUGCGGGGACGAGGCGGUGCGGACCAGGCUGCUGGAGCUGAAGCACAAGCAGGACGCACUGCUGCGCGCCCAGGGCCGCCAGCACUCUCUGCUGCGGCGUCGCACCUCCAGCGCCGGCAGCCGGGGGAAGGUGGUGAGGAGGGUGAGCCUGACCCAGCGGACCAGCCUGUACCGCAGGGAGCAUGCCCAGGAGGCCAUCGUGUGGCAACAGCCACCGCCCACCAGCCCGGAGCCGCGCGAGGAGGACGACGGCCGGACGGACGCGGAGCUGUGCUCCCGACCUAGUGAGCAGGACGAUGAUCCUGAGUCGGUGAGGCCGCACAACGGCCGAGUUGGAGGCACCCCUGGGCGGCACCUGUAUUCCAAGCGGUUGGACCGGAGCGUCUCCUACCAGCUGAGCGCCCUGGAUAGCUGUGCCCCCGAUGCCCCGGGCCGGGUCAAGGCCCAGCACACGCUCGCAGAGCUGAAGCGCCAGCGAGCCGCCGCUAAGCUGCAGCGUCCCCCGCCCGAGGGGCCCGAGGGGCCUGAGCCCAGCCUGCCGGCCACCGCUGCUGCAAGCCCCCAGCCGGAACACAGACCCGGGGCCGGUGGAGACCCACCCCUGCUGAAGCUCACCGCGCCCUCGGAGGAGGCCCCCGCGGAGAGGAGGCCCUGCUGCCUGCUCAUGUGAGGGGCUGGCUCCCGGAGUGCCCCGGAGGCUGCCGCGGGGCCCCUGCUCUGGGGGCCCUGGUGUACGCCCUGCUGCUGCUGCUGCUGCUGGGAGAGAACCGGCGGGGGACCUCCCUCAGCUCCCCUGCCGGGGAUGCCAGCAUCCUCGCUCAGGGAUGAGCUUCUGGCAGAAGCCCUCCUGGGGGGCCGUCUGGCUGCAGAGACCUAGUUCCAUCGUGUGCCUCUUGAUAAAGGGCUGUUCUGCCA